UAUAUAUAUAUAUAUAUAUAUAUAUAUAUAUAUAUUGUUUUUCAAAUCCCUAUUUCACUCUGGUGGGUUGACUUGAACACUGUUUGUGUCCCGACGUUGGAAGAAAAUUAAGGUUUAUACUAGCAUACUGAUAGAGCCACAGUGCAAUGCUUAACUUGUUACUGCACUAGCUUUGGGUGUGGAUACCUAUAAUUACCUGUUACUAUUGUUCCAUAGGGCCCAUAUUUGUCUGUCUUUUAAAUUUGACAUGAAUUCAUGUAGAUGUUGGAAAAAUUAUUUUGUCUAGCUUGAAACUGCUGUUCGGUACUUUGGAUAUGUAACUAGAAUUAAUCUUUGUCCCCUUAUUGAUGCAUUGUUACUUCAGAUCCAAGAAUAAUUGGUGUUUGUUUAGUAAUGAUUUGUUACCUCAGGUCAAUUGUUGCUAUUUUAAAUUUUGAUUAAUAAGACAAAGACAAUGAGAAAGAACAAGAAUCCCCUGGUUUUUAUGGAUGUGUCGAUCGAUGGGGAUCCUGUUGAAAGGAUGGUUUUUGAGCUCUUCUAUGAUUAUGCUCCCAAGACUGCUGAAAACUUUCGUGCAUUAUGUACAGGAGAAAGAGGUGUCAGUCCAAAUACUGGAAAAUCACUACACUACAAGGGUUCUUUCUUCCAUCGAAUUAUAAAAGGCUCAUAUGUGCAGGGUGGUGAUUUUAUCAAUCGAAAUGGUACUGGUGGAGAAAGCAUAUAUGGUUCGAAGUUCCCAGAUGAGUCACCUAGGCUAAGGCAUGAUUCGAUAGGGCUUCUAUCGAUGGCAAUUGCUGACCGUGACACUCUUGGUUCUCAUUUUAUUAUCACUUUGAAAGCUGAUCAUCAUCUUGAUAGGAAGCAUGUAGUCUUUGGGGAUCUUGUGCAAGGACAUGCUGUAUUGAAGAAAAUUGAAGAUGUUGGUGAUGAAGAAGGACAUCCAACAGUAACUGUUAAAAUUAUUAAUUGUGGUGAAUAUAGUGAAGAUGGGAAGAAGGUAAAUAAAUCAAAAAUAGGAAGGGAUGGAUCUUCUGAAGCCAAUAGUCAUGAAGCACGGAGGAAGGGAAAGCACAAAAAAUCUUCAAAAGACAGAAGGAAAAGGAGAAGAUACUACUCAUCUGAAUCAGACAGUUCUUCAGAUUCAGAGAUGGAAUCUUCGGAAACUGAUAGUGAUUCUGAGUCAGAUAUGUCCUCAUCAUCUUAUAUAAGUUCCUCCAGUGAUGAUAGGCGAAGAAAGAGAAAGAGAUCUAGGAAAGAUAAACGUAGACGUGGAAAAAGAAGAGAUAAACGCCGUGAAAAGAGACGAAGGAGACGGGAUAAGAGAUCAAAGCGUAAAUCAAGACGGGAUUUGGGUAGUGAUUCAGACAGUGAGAGUAACAGUGACAGUAGCUCUGAUGGUGAAAGUCUUGAUGCUCAAGGGAAAGGGCUGAAGCGUAAAGAUCAUUCUGAGAAAAAAGCAGCUGAUAUAAAUUCUCCCUUAGCUGUGGAGAAAGAUGUACCUCCCUUACAUCAUAAAAAUGAGCAGGAAUUGGGUUUGCUAGAGAAUGAGGAAAAGUUCCCAAAGGAAAAUGGAGAGCGGCAUAGCAAUGGCGUUGGAGCUGACUAUAGAUCUGACAGAAGUGAAGAGAGGCAGCCUGAUGUGAUGGAUGAUCAUUCGGGAAAAUCUAGGAGUCGAAGCAUAAGUCCUAAGCGAGCCAUGAGUAAGAGUAUGAGUAUUAGCCCUGGUAGGAGUGAGACCAAGAGCCCAAGUAUUACUCCAAAAAAGAGAUUGAGCAGAGGUCCAAGUGUUAGAAGCCCUUCUCCUCUGUCAAGGAGGAGUUUGAGCAAAAGUCCCGUUAGAAGCAUCAGCAGGAGUCCAAGCAGAACCAUCAGUAGAAGCCCAAUGGGGGGCAGGAGGGGGAGAAGUGUUAGUGGAAGCCCUGUGAGAGCUCGUCCUCUUAGAAAUGUCAGUGACAGCCCCGUAGGAUCCCUUUCUCGAAGCAGGCGAAGCAGGAGUUCUCCCAGAGCAUCAUCACGAAAGACAAUCAGCAGAAGCCCUGUAAGAGUGUUGAGAAAGAGUGUAAGCCGCAGUCCAGUUAGAUCACCUGCAAGAAGCUUAAGCAGAAGCUCUGGCAGGGUCCUUUCAAAGCGGAGCAUUAGCCGAAGUCCUGUCCGUGCACCAAGUAGAAGCAAUCGCCGCAGUUAUUCUAGGAGUGCUAGCCCUGUUCGUAGGGUAAGGACACCUCGUGGGAGAAGUGUGUCGAAGAGUGUUUCACCUGAUGCUUCGCCGAAACGUAUCAGAAGGGGAAGAGGUUUCAGUGAACGAUACUCUUAUGCUAGAAGGUAUAGAACCCCCUCUCGGUCUCCUGUGAGGUCAUACCGCUACAAUGGAAGAAAUGACCGUGACAGAUAUUCUACUUACAGAAGGUAUUCCCCUAGGCGUUACAGAAGCCCACAACCACGUGGAAGAACUCCCCCAAGGUACCGGAGCAGGAGGAGCAGGACGCCAUCUGUUUCACGCAGCCCACGAUAUCGAGCUCGACGAUAUAGCCCUAGCCGUAGCCCAGUUCGCAGUCGUUCCCCUGUUGAGCCUUAUCGAUCUCGCCCCUCUCCUCGUGUGGAUAGGCGGGUGUCAUCUUCUCGGAGCAGGAGUCCUUCAAAAUCCAGGUCGUCCAUGGAAUCAGUGUCUCCACGGAAAGCAAGCAGAGACAACCGGUCAGGGUCAUCGUCCAGAAGCCCAGAUGGAAAUAAAGGCCUGGUCUCAUAUGGAGAUGUUUCUCCCUACUCGGGCCAAAGGUGAAAUAGGGUUUUGGGUUACUGUCACCUUUAAUGAGCUGGAGGCUUUAAUUUUUGAACUUCCACAUGUUUUGCUUGCUUGCUGGAAUUCGUGAAUGUCACUUCCCCCUCCCCCUCCCUAUAUAGACCGCGAAUGGCAUGUUGAAAGAUUCUAGUACUGUAAUAAGUUAGACGGUACUUGUGAUAUUAGGACGCAGCCUUAGAUGUGGGGUUCUUUCGGCAUUUGUUAGUUGGAGACUCAGAUGUUGGUGCCCUAGUUAUGUUGAAUUCAUAAAAUUUUGGUAAGCAUUACCAAUUUGUUUCCGACACCA